AUGUCAAGUAACGACGCAAAGAGUUUGAGUAUUUCCUACAAGAGAAAGGGCUAUUUCGAUGACAAAAGAAAAUCCAUUUUGAAAGAGUUUAAAACAACAAAUGCUCAUGACCAGUUGUUAUCCACAAUAAAGGAAAUAGUGAACAAAAUAGUGCACAAGAAUCCAGAAUUGUUAUUGAAAAAUAAAGGUCAACUAGCUGCGUUGAUAGAGGGUACAUUAAGUCGUCAGAUUCAAAAUACUGGGGGACUGAAUAACACCACCACUGCUAAUGUUCCUGGUAACAAUACAAGUUCAAUAGAUUUGGGAGAUGUUGGUAAUGUUUAUGAUAUCUUUGAUGAAGAGGUUAAACAGAGUACCAUCGGGUCAGACGAGCUGAAGGAAGAGAUAAGGGCUGUGUUGAAAGAGUUGAAAAACCAGUAA